CAGAGAUGACUGCUUCAAGUCUUCAUUCCCAAUCUGUGCAUCUUUCUGGGGGCGUGGCAGAUUUGGUGUAGCGAGCACUAUUGGCCACUUUAACAACUCACCAUCGACAGGCCCAGAGCCCUAUGAUACCCGUCGAUCAAUAACCAAAGAAUUCAUUCGCUUCUAGAAGCCUGUUGUGUCCCUGCGACCCUGAAGAUCCCGAUAAUCUCUUUAAACCUCGGAUACCCAAUAAGGCGAACCACGGACCAUCCCAAGUUUUGUUCAUCGAUCCUCAACGGGCGGAAUUUGACCUCUCAUUUAUGAGACCUCAUCGCCCAGCCAUGAUCCGUUGGCAAACAAACCAUUACCUUCGUGCCUGCGGGCGGCGAUCAUCAUUAAACGCCUGGGGUGUAUCCCAUCAGCCAUCCUCACUCCGGAUUAGGGGAAGAUUUCAGCACCAAGCAAACUAUGCAACUAAUCCGCAACAACCCCCGAGGCAGCAGUCGGCCACGUUGCCCAUCCUGGGGACGAUUGUCGCUACCGCGGCUGUAACGCUCUUUGCGUCCGAGGCUUGGCGCGGAAGGGAAGCCUCCAAAACGCAGGACAUUGCUAAAGAUGUUCAAUCCAGACCAUCUCAGUCCGGAUCAUCCAAAUAUGCGGAUGUCCCGACGAUGCUUCGGGCCGUCGAGGAAAUCAAGACAAUCAUCGGACCCGAUAAUGUAAGUGUUGACGCGGACGACAUUGAAAUUCACGGAUACUCCGAAUGGUCCACGUCCAACACCACCGCACGACCAAUUGCGGUUCUCAGUCCAGCCACGACAGAGGAAGUAUCCGCAAUCGCCAAUGUAUGCACCAAAUACAAAGUUCCCAUGGUGCCAUUCGGCGCCGGAUCAAGCGUUGAAGGGAACUUUGCAGCUCCUCACUCGGGUGUCUGCAUUGACCUGUCGCGGAUGAACAAGGUCAUUGAGCUGUACGAGCAGGACAUGAAUGUGACGGUUCAAGCAGGUGUGCGAUGGACGGAUCUCAACGAGGAGAUCAAGUCUACUGGGCUGUUUCUGCCCAUGGACCCCAGUCCUACUGCGUAUGUGGGUGGUAUGGUCGCGACGAAUUGCAGUGGCACGAAUGCGAUGCGCUACGGGACGAUGAAGGACUGGGUGGUUAAUCUCACUGUCGUGCUUCCGGAUGGAACAGUGAUCAAGACAAAACGGCGGCCGCGCAAGUCUUCUGCUGGGUAUAACUUAAACGCGCUUUUUACUGGAUCGGAAGGGACUUUGGGAAUCAUCACGGAGGCGACGCUCAAGCUUGCUAUCAUUCCCGAAGACAGCAGCGUUGGGAUUGCUACUUUCCCCACAAUCGGUGACGCAACGGCCGCAGCAUCGAAGUUGAUCCGUGACGGUGUUCCCCUCGCGGCGUUGGAAUUCAUGGACGACGUGCAGAUGAAGAUCAUCAACCAAAACGGUGGCGCAGGUGGGAGGUUUUGGUCGGAGGAGCCGACCCUCUUCUUGAAGUUCACCGGAUCCCGCACGGCAAUCGACGACAGCAUCCAACGCACAAAAUCCAUCUUAACCAACAACAAGGGCAAAGAAUUGGUAUUCGCAAAGUCCCGCGAGGAAGGCGACAAUCUCUGGUCGGCAAGGAAGCAGUCCCUCUGGGCCAUGCUGGCUGUGAGACCCGAAGGAACCGAAAUCUGGUCUACGGAUGUGGCUGUACCGAUAUCGCGGCUGGCUGAGAUUGUUGAGCUCUCAAAGGCCGAAUCCAGCAAUCUGGGUCUGUUCUCCACGGUUCUAGGCCACGUCGGAGACGGCAACUUCCACCAAGCGGUGAUGUACAACCCCCAGAGUCCAGAGCAAUACCAGGGUGUCAAGGCGUGUGUUUCGAGGAUGAUGAAGCGGGCGCUUGAAAUGGAGGGAACAGUUUCUGGCGAACAUGGCAUCGGAUUAGGAAAGAAGUCCUAUCUCGAGGAGGAACUCGGUACACCGACGAUGCAACUAAUGAGGGGACUGAAACGGAGCGUUGAUCCUCACUGGUUAAUGAAUCCCGGCAAGGUCUUCGACGAACACUUUGAAGGAUAGGAUUGCAAUAUUCGCAAUACCCUAAGCUCAAUGUACAUUUCAGAAUCCAAGACUGUGCUUCCAAUGCACGAAUAAACAUCAUCUCAUCCCAGUCUGGGCGACAGUGUAGUAGACGUCCGGGGAUCCGUCUUGAGAGGUCCACAGUUGAUUGAUAAGCAGGGAGUGGCUAUGACAUUCCAACGCUGUCAUGGAUGAGCAUAGGUAGCGUCUUCUAUAUAACAAGUGAUUUCCGCAUGUAGUUUAGUGUCCGCUCAGCUGUUUCCCGUCCCACCGCGCCAAGGCAGCGAGAAAUACAAACAGUGACUACAGAUGAUGUCCUCGACGCGGAAUCUAGUCCUAAACCGGCAGGCAAGGGAAGAAACACAGAAUGCUUUAAACUCAUAAAUCCAUUUCAUUAACAC